CUGAGGACUUCACUUCCAAUACUUAAGAGUCAGAGAACGCUCAACUCUGCCCAUGGCUUGGUGAGACUAUCAGUCAAUUGAUUGUGGUAAAAACGUUUGCUCAAUUCUUCGUCUUCUUUGUUCCACUUCAUAUUUGCCUCUCUCCAUAUUUUUGUUUUUUUUUCCACCUUCAUCUUCCUCGUCUUUAAUUAACUGGAUUUGAUAAAUAAAGGCAAAAAAAAAAAAAAAGAAUGAACCGAAGAUUCGGUGGAGGAAAGCAGCCAACAGGGACUCCAUCAAUGGCUUGGUCUACUGUUGUUGUCGUUGUUUCCCUCCUUGCUGGUGCCUCCGUUGUUCACAACUUUUUCAAACCUGAUCUGACUCUGCCUCCAUUAGAAAGCAUUGAUGGAAUCAAGCAGAAAGAAGUGGAGAAACAGUAAUCUUUUGUUCUAUUCAUUUAAGUUCGAUUAAAUGGAGUAUCUCUGAAGAAAUAGCACCCACCCUUUGUGUAGGUUGGAAUUUUAGCACUUGAAACUAAACGAUGUUGCAAAUGACAUCUCUUUACCGAUUAUUGUUUUUCUUCGACAGAUCAAUUCUUAGUAGUUUAAACCAAACGACCCCUUGGAUUUAGAAUAGACAUUGUCGUAUGAAGUAUAAGUGUAACAACUUGUCAACUUUUUCUCUGUGUGUUGCCUAUUAUAUAUCCAGUUCGUCCAUCAACAGGGCCUGAGUCGUCUGUGAACGUACUCUAUAUGUGGAAUUCCGAGUAAAUGGUUACUUCAUUGGGGAAAAGGUGAAAUAUGUCUCCUCCGCAAUACAAAAUAUGUUAAUUAUAGUCUCUGUUAUGCUUUUGGA